AUGACAUUUGCUUGCUUUCUUGCAUUAGGCAUAGCCAUUAAUGGGACUGCAGUAACUGAUGAAGCAUAUAAGAGCGGUUCAGCUGCUACCAGAUGUGAUGAUAUCUCUUUGUCUGAAGCAUCCAGAUACAUCCAUGACAGAAACAUACAGAACAAUUUGUCUGCAUUGAAGCUCAACAAAUCGCAAACUAAUGCAAUAUUAUCUUGUAUUUCAGCAAGAGAAUGUCAGAAUAAUAAUUCCAUUAACCUUAUUUGGGGGCCACCUGGCACGGGGAAAACUAAAACAAUUAGUGCCUUGCUAUGGAUUCUGAAAGAAAUGAAAUGCAGAACACUUGCAUGUGCACCUACAAAUAUUGCUAUCAAGGAAAUUGCCUUGCGUCUUUUAAGAUUGGUUAAAGAGCACUCGUCGGAUGGCACCUUGGGAGAUAUUAUAUUGUAUGGAAAUCAAGAUCGGAUGAGUGUAGAUGGCAUUCUUCAAGACGUAUUUUUGGACUUUCGUGCGCAUAGGCUUUUAGAGUGUUUUGCACCAAAUACUGGUUGGAAGCAUUGUCUGAAUACAAUGACAAGUUUUCUCAAGGAUGGUUUUACUUGGUACCGGUCAUAUUUGGAAAGUAAAGAGGAUACUGUUGAGAUAACUUUUCAGGAUUUUGCUAGACGAAAGUUUGCUACUUUUUCGAAAGAAUUAACUAAAUGUUUAAAGACAUUACAUCUGCAUCUGCCAAGCACUUCCAUUUCAGAAGCAAACACGACAAACAUGAAUAUGGUUCUUGAAUUGAUCGAAAUUUUCAGAGGACUUCUCCACAAGAAAUAUGUUGGCAAUAGUCUUGAAGAGAUCUUUGCUUCUACUGAUGAAGAAAAAGGUAUAGCAUCUGUAUCUCAUGGUAUGCUUAGUUCUGGGAAAAAUGAUUCCAGUACAACAUCAAGGCUUCGGAAAACUAGAGCUGACUGCUGUGGAAUCUUAAAAACUCUUGAAGAAUCACUUAAUCUUCCCAUAACCUCAUCCAAAGCUGUCAUUACAGAUUUCUGUUUGCGAAGUGCUUGCAUUAUUUUCUGUACAACUUCUAGUUCAUCCAAAUUGUACAACGUGAGGAUGAAAAAACCAUUGGAGGUGCUAGUUAUUGAUGAGGCUGCCCAGUUGAAGGAGUGUGAAUCGUUGAUUCCCUUACAACUCUGUGGCAUAAGGCAUGCUGUUCUUAUUGGUGAUGAGUGUCAAUUGUCUGCAACAGUAAAAAGCAAGGUUGCUGAGAAUGCACUGUUUGGAAGGAGUCUAUUUGAGAGGUUGAGUUCAUUGGGACACAAGAAACACCUUCUUAACAUGCAGUAUAGGAUGCAUCCCUCCAUAAGUAUUUUUCCUAAUUCCAACUUUUAUGACAACAAAAUUUUGGAUGCUCCAAAUGUCAUUCAUAACAACCAUUCACGAAUAUAUCUUUCUGGACGCAUGUAUGGUCCCUAUUCUUUUCUAAAUAUUGAAUUUGGAAAGGAGAUAAGUGAUGAUCUUGGACAUAGCAGGAAAAAUAUGAUUGAGGUAGCUGUUACCUUGCAAAUAUUGGGGAAACUCCGUCAGGCAUGUGGUAGAAUGAAGAAAAGACUUAGUGUUGGGAUCAUUUGCCCUUACACUGCCCAAGUUAUUGCAAUUCAAGACAUGUUGGGAAAAGAUUGUUGGAAGAAUUCAGACUUUGCUGUGAAAGUCAGUUCGGUUGAUGGGUUUCAAGGUAGUGAGGAGGAUGUGAUCAUAUUAUCUACUGUGAGAUCCAAUGCCUCUGGUUCUGUUGGUUUUCUUUCUAAUCCUCAGCGAGCAAAUGUGGCUUUGACCAGAGCAAGAUAUUGUCUUUGGAUUCUGGGGAAUGGACCUACCUUACUUAACAGUGGAUCUAUCUGGGAGAAGUUAGUCUGUGAUGCAAGGGAUCGUGGAUGUUUCUUCAAUGCAAAUGAAGAUGAGGCCAUCGCCAAUGCAAUCACUGAUGCUCUACACCUGAAUAAGAUAGGGAAGAAGAAAUUCGAAGGUAUAUUCUUUCCAAAAACUCAUUUUGAUUCUAUUUCACCGAAAUGCCUUGAAAAUUUGGAGUCAAGGAAGAAUACAUCUAUUCAGUUGCUUCCACGUAACUCGGGAAAAGGCUGUACAUAUUCUACAGCUAAUUCGAGGACAGAAACAAAAACAAGAAAUAAUAUGAAGAAGUGGCAAGUGAAAUAUACCGAUUCAAAGAAAGAGCUAAUAUGUCAUUCAAGCUCCAGUGCAGACAGCAUGACCUAUGAUUCCACUUUAUCAACUUGUACAGAGAUGGAGGACAUAGUAGGUCUUUCAGCUUUUCAAAAGGAGGCUGAGGAGAUUGAUGCUUCAUUUCCAUCCACUGGACAAAAAAUGGAACCAAGAGUGAGCAAAGAAAACAAUGAUGAAGGGAAGUCGGAAGCUCCACUACUCCUAAAAGUGAUCAAGUCCAUUUUUGGCCUGCUUGGUUAUAAGAGAGAGUAGUUCUACACUCCAGGAGCUCCUUCGAACUAAAAUCCAACUGGAUUGCUGCAAUCCGUGGAGUUAUCUCCUAAUGUUAGAACCAAAUGACAGUGUUUUUUGUGAUUUUGAUGGCUUCUUUCUCUGUAGUCUUACAAAAUUUUCUUUUUCUCUCUUUUUGUAUAAUUUCGUGGCAUGUUUUGUUUGAAUUCAUCGGUUUGGCAGAAGUGGGCUUGUUGGUAUUAGAUUAACUCUAUAAUUUUCACAACAUAAUUAAUGAUUUGCCUCUAUG